GUUACUACAGAUUCGGAUUAGUCGCCAUUAAAAAAAAUUCGGAUUGAAUUGAAAGAAGUUUUAAUUUUUCAUUUUUUCAAUAGUAAUUAAUUGUUUAAAGUAUAACUGAAUAACAAAUAAUGGAAGAUAAGACAACACUAAAGGAUCUAGAUUCGUGGAUUGAGCAGUUAAAUGAAUGCAAACAGCUUACAGAAAGUCAAGUCAAAAUUUUAUGCGAAAAGGCAAAGGAAAUCUUGGCAAAGGAAUCAAAUGUUCAGGAAGUAAAAUGUCCAGUGACAGUAUGUGGAGAUGUUCACGGUCAGUUUCACGACUUGAUGGAACUGUUUCGGAUAGGAGGACGUUCGCCUGAUACCAACUACUUAUUUAUGGGCGAUUAUGUUGAUCGUGGCUAUUAUAGCGUUGAAACAGUCACUCUCCUCGUUGCACUUAAAGUUCGCUAUCGUGAAAGAAUUACAAUUUUACGUGGAAACCAUGAAUCCAGACAGAUUACUCAAGUUUAUGGCUUCUAUGACGAAUGCCUGCGUAAAUAUGGAAAUCCGAAUGUGUGGAAGUACUUUACUGAUUUAUUUGACUAUUUACCCCUCACCGCUCUUGUUGAUGGACAAAUAUUUUGCUUGCACGGUGGAUUAUCGCCAUCAAUUGAUACAUUAGACCAUAUUAGGGCUCUUGAUAGACUGCAAGAAGUACCACACGAAGGCCCAAUGUGUGAUCUUUUGUGGAGCGAUCCAGACGAUCGAGGCGGUUGGGGUAUUUCUCCAAGAGGAGCUGGCUACACUUUUGGUCAGGACAUUUCCGAAAUAUUUAAUCAUACAAAUGGAUUGACUUUAGUAUCCCGCGCUCACCAGUUAGUUAUGGAAGGCUAUAAUUGGUGUCACGAACGUCACGUUGUAACAAUUUUCUCAGCGCCAAACUACUGUUAUCGAUGCGGUAAUCAAGCAGCAUUAAUGGAAUUAGACGAUUCAUUGAAGUUUUCAUUCCUCCAAUUCGAUCCGGCACCACGUCGUGGAGAGCCACACGUUACUAGAAGAACACCAGACUACUUCCUCUAAGUUCGUUGUUAUUAUUCUCUACUACUCAUCGUCAUAAAAGAAAGAAAGAAAAAAAAGUAAAAAAAUAUUUCACAUUUACACAUACACACAAACACAAGAGAAGAUACACACAGAUUACAAUUUUACAAGAACUCGUAUAUUUUUAUUGGUUCUUUUCAUUUUUCUCACGAGAUAAUAAGAGUUAAAUAAGACGCAAGCAUUACAGAAAGAAAUAACAAUAACAUAUUCAGAUACAAACAAAAAAUUAAUCCUGUCUCUACAUUAAUUAUUGUUUUCUUUGAGUAAUUAAAGUGAAAUUUAAAAAUAUGAUGUAAUAUGAUAAUGUUAGAGAUAGAUGGAAAAAAAGAGAUACAUAAACUAUAUUAGGAUCUUUUAUUAGUUUCUUUAAGAAAAGCGUUCUGCGUCGCUCAUUAUUGAUUGAUUUUACAUAGAAAUGGAAUGAAACGAAGAAAAUAGAAAUUUUAUGUUAUUAUAUCAAGAAGUAAAAUUGUUUUGUCAUUGUUUUCUACUGAUGAAAAUCUAAAGUUCAACUUUAUUAUGAUUAAAAAGUGUUUAACAAAUUAUAUAUGGAAAAAAAACUACUUUAAUUCUCUUUUAUCGCGAGCCUGGCUUGAAAACUCAUUUUUUGGAUUUAGUUCAGCUUGGGAGCUAAAGUCUAUAAGUCUAGGUUGUCAAGUUCGAUGGUGUCUUGGCUUAUUAAAGACAACAUAAAUUAGGGUUUACUUAUUUGAUUGUGUCAUGACUAAUUGAAGACACUAUAUCAACUAGGUUUAUAUGCUCGAUUGUGUCUUGGCUAUUCGAAGACACAUUGUUAACUGAUUGUGGUGUCUUGACUAAUUGAAGACACCCUUUAAACUAGGUCCAACUUAGUUGUGUCUUGAAUAAACCCCUUAACCAAUAGUCUCAGUAAAAAGAGUUUCCAAGCCUAGCUCGCGACAAAUGAUUGUAAUUUUUUGAUUUAUCACAAUCGCAUGUUAAAUGAAGAAAAUUAAUCACAGAAAAAAAUCGUUUUGAGAUCAAAAUAGUUGAAAUACAUUAUGGAUAAAAAAUUUUAAUAACAAUAUAAAACAAUGGAUGAUGAACUCUUCGAGAACACAACAAAAUUAUUUAAAUAAAAAUGCUAAAAUGCGAA